CAUCCUUUUUAAGUAAGUAAAUUGAUUGUAAUAAUGAAGACGUUCAUUAUCUUCCUCUUUGUAUCCGUCCUCGUUGGAUCGUUCAUUUGCACAUACUCCGCUAUGGCAAAACAACCGUCUAAUAAUGAUGAUGAUGAUCUAGUUCGGGAUAGCGAUGGAGAUCCUCUCGUGGCUAGAUCAGGAAGAUACAUAGUGCUUGCACCACAAGGGAUAAGCCUCGUGUUGUCCAAAUACCCGUACCAACAAGAUUGUGAGCAUACCUUAUCUCAAGAAAUAAUGAGAUACGAGCGCAUACCGUGUAGUUUCCAUCCUGCAAACGCCAGCGAACCUUUUAUUCGUCGUUCCAAAUCCUUCAAUGUGAAGUUUGAAAUGCCCGUGCCACAGUGCACUAACUCCACUUUGUGGCAGGUGAGUGACGAGAUCGAUUCUGUUACAAAUUUUCCAUUAAUACAGAUCGGAGGCGUGGAAGGUAAUCCGAAUUGUAAGACUGCCAAGAAUUGGUUCAAGAUUUCGAAAGAUUUGAACUCGACCUACGGGUUUGUGUGGUACCCGAGCGACGUGUGCCACGGCACCUCGACAAGUCGUAGCUUGAUCAUCAAUGAGAACAUGUCGGCAAAACCUUUCCUUUGUUCCGACUCUUCGCUACCAUCUCAAUUCAUUUUUAUGAAAGGUUAGAAUUUUUAGAAUAAAAACCUAAAAAGAGAGUCGAAGUUGUGUAUCGUUUAUUUACGCUUUUUCUUUAUUUCUACUCAAUAAAUAAAUAUACAUCUCAAUA